AUAACAACUUCCUCAUACUAAGUACUGUAGGAUAAACUUUCGUGACAUCAUUUAUGGCCAGACCUAGAUUGAGCGCGGAUGAUGUGCUUUUCGAGGCAGUACGCCUCUAGUAAAUGGGUUGGCAAUUUAUGAUCGGAUGCUGGCCCCUCCACAGCUCAGCACUAACCGCUGCGUCACUUACAACAACAUCUCGAGCGUGUAUAGGCUGCGAGAUUGUGCUGGAUUCCGGUUUCGUGUCGGUCACCAAUGGAAACAUUUACAAAAGCGCUGGAUGGUUCCCAAUUGGAAGCAAUUGUGAGUGGAUGCUGACUGAUGGAUGUGUGACCGGCGAGUGACAUCAUCCCAGCCAGGCCGAAGCAAACACACCGAAAAAUGCGUUUGUGUACCAUGAGGUGACUGAGGAGGAUUGUAGAGAGGAUAAUGAUUAUGGUGGAGGUUGAAUCGGUGAAGAGCCGAGAGUGUCA